AUUUAAAAAAAGCUGGCAUUGAUAUUUGUGAACGUGAGAUAAACACGUGUUUGGUUAAAAAAUUAGUAUUUAUAGCGUUACUAAUUGUAAAUUAAUUAAAAAUGGGUCGUCAUAAGAAGGGAAGAUGUGUAAGAAAAAAUAAACAAAUAGAUUCCAAGGAACCUGAUGACAUCGUAAGAGCGCCUCAUUCAUUUGUCAUCCACCGCGGGCUUCCUGGUGACCAUAUCGUUGAGCUCACCAAGGAUUUCCGUCGAGUCCUGGAACCAUUCACCGCAUCGGCGCUCAAAGAACGCAAGAGAAAUACAAUAAAAGAUUUCGUUUCUAUCUCCAGUUAUCUCCACGUUUCUCAUAUGUGUAUAUUUAGUAAAACUGAGCUAGGAAUGUAUUUGAAACUUUGCCGAAUACCAAGAGGUCCAACGUUGACAUUUAAAAUAAUAAAUUUUACAUUAGCAAGAGAUGUAAUAUCUGCGUUGAAAAAACAAAUGGUCUUUGAAGAGGCGUUUAAAAAUUUUCCAUUGGUUAUUUUGAAUAAUUUUAGUGGAGCUGCUGGUAAAGAUGAAGAUAAUAAAGACAAUGUUCUCAAUGGAGAUGAUGAUGAUGAAGAAGAAAAUGAUGCGCAUAUUAAAUUAAUGGCGACCACUUUUCAAAAUAUGUUUCCUAGCAUUAAUAUUACUAAAAUAAAUUUAAGUACAGUAAGACGCUGCGUGUGUCUUAAUUAUAAUCCAGCAGACAAAUCAAUUGAUUUCCGUCACUACGCUAUCAAAGUUGUCCCUGUUGGACUUUCGAGAGGAGUCAAAAAACUGGUCCAAGCUAAAAUACCAAAUUUAGCUAAAUGUCAGGAUUAUUCUGAAUUUUUAACAAAAGCUACACUGUCAGAAAGUGAAGCUGAAGAUGACCCUGAGAGUCAUGUUACUUUGUCACAGAAUUUAUCAUCGCGUGGUAAUCAUGCUAAAGGAAAAAGUGCUAUCAGAUUGUAUGAGUUGGGGCCAAGAUUAACAAUGCAGUUGAUGAAAGUUGAAGAUGGUUUGCUAGAUGGGCAAGUUAUGUUCCAUGAAAAUAUUCAUAAAACUGAAGAAGAGAUUAAGAAGAUCGCUAAAUUGCGUGAGAAAAAACAAAGAUUAAAAGAAAAACGUAAAAGAACUCAGGAAGAAAAUAAACUUAAGAAAGAAGCACUCAAGGAAGAGCACAAAGAAAAGUCAUUGGAGGGAAUAAAAAAGAAACAAGAGAUGUUGAAAAAGGAGAGCGAUAUUCUGAUGCGUAAGUUUGCGAAGGAGUCGGUUCAAGAAACUCAGCAGGAGGAUGAUGAUGAUGAGCAGUAUUAUCGCGAUGAAGUUGGAGAGGAGCCAGAUAAAGAUCUUUUCCAGAGCAAGUCUUCGGUCAAAAGGAAAACCGACUACACACCGAAUUACAAACCGAAGAGUAAAAAAAUGAAAUUUAAUAAUGAUGGGAAAAAACCCAAAAGUAAAAGAGUUAAAUUUAGUAAUGAUGUAAAAAAAUAAAUAUUUUUUUUUAAUUAAAUUUAAUUAAUGGAAUUAUAAAAAUAAUA